AUGGCGGAUGGUUCUGAAAGCCGCAAAAGGCGGGCGUUGGAGCUAAAUGAGAGAGACGAGGAGCUGGACGACACGCCAAAGUACGCCGAUGCCGAGACAAUGGCGCAGCGGCGUAUCGCGCGGGUGAAACGUGCGCCGACGAUUGACGCCCCGCCGUCGCUGAAGGGGGCGUUCAAGGCGGUGGCCGGCAUCUCGCCGGCGGGGGCGCCAGCGCUUUCCAAAAUGUUUGGUCCAAGCGACAGCAGCAACAACGCCACCACUGCCACCACCGCCACCGGCGGCAGCAGCGACACCAGCCCCGGCGCCAGCAACAAAAACGAUAACAGUAACAACAACAACAACAACAAGACCACUGACGGUGCUGUUGCCGCUGGGACUGAGACUGGUGCGGGGAGGUCCCUAUUUGGCGGGGCCUUCAACUUCGGCGGCGCCACAAACGCUUUUGCGGCAGCCAAAGAACAGCUGGCGAAGGCUGCUGUCGACGCAGAGAGGGAAGCACCACCACACGAGAAGCUUGCCAAGGGCGACGUACUUGCGCAUGCGGCUCCUGUCACGCCUUCGGCCGAAGACGUGUUAGCAUGUGUGUCGUGUAAGCUGUUUGUGUUUAAGUCGGACACGAAAAGUUGGGUGGAGUGUGGCGCCGGUGACGCAAAGGUGAAGCGGCACGACGCCCCAAAGGCCGGGGAGGGGGAGGAAGUAGGAAAGUGUCGUUACCGCUUGAUUGUGCGCGAUGGUUACGCCCUCAACUUGCUACUGUGCAGUAAUUUUCAUCUGACAAAGGCCGAGGACACUCACGUCAUCUUCACCGUGCCAAAAAAUGACGGGGUCGCAACGUAUCUUGUGAAGUACACGGGGCAGCAGGCGGCGGCGCGCGGCGCGGAGUUCACAAAGACGUUAAAAGACUCUCUUAAGUUGUCCCAAGAUAAUUCUUCGUAG